GAAACUGAAACCGGACCGCAUGCCACUUGCACAAGUUGGGGCUUCAGCCAGCGAUGGGCUUAGGUGAAAAGCAUGGUUAUAAUUAGCGCAGCGGCCUGUCCCAAAUGCUCCACCGGCCUCGGCGAGCACAGCUGGAUCUGCCGAUUGCACGCACAGAGGUCUGAGAGGCCUUGAAAAUGAUCCUUCUUAAAAGGAUUUUCUACCUUCCUCGAGGGAAAGAAAACCCAUUGAUAUAAAACCUCAUUUCCCUUCGGGCUUCCCCUGCUAAAUGCCACUCCCGUAGAGACCGACUGUUGAUAAAUACACGGGAAAGAAAAAUCCCUCCUCAACAGAAUUCUGUCCUCUGUGCAGCUGCUGUACCUUCAGCCGCCUCCUGCCAUUGAUCGCUUGCUCACCGUCAGGGGAGGCAGGUGCCGCGGAUGCUGACUCAGCCCGUGCCGUUCAGCAUUACAAAGCAAGAAGAAACUAGGACGCUAUGGGCAGGGCACGCAGGCCUCCACCUGGGCAGCACAGGCAUUGUGAGGGAUGUUUUAACCGUCACUGUCACAUUCCUGUGGAGCCCAAUGUCUCCUGCCUGGUGAUAAACUGCCACCUGUCCUGUGGCGCUACCUUCCACAUGUGCAAAGAGGCAGAGCACGAGCUCCUCUGCCCCUUAGAGCAGGUUCCAUGCCUCAACUCCGAAUACGGCUGCCCCCUUUCCAUGUCCCGCCACAAGCUGGCCAAGCACCUGCAGGUGUGCCCCGCCAGUGUGGUCUGCUGCUCCAUGGAGUGGAACCGCUGGCCGAACGUGGACUCUGAAACAAUCCUUCAUGAGAACAUCAUGAAAGAGACUCCCAGUGAGGAGUGUUUGGACACAGCCCUGGCCCUUCAGGACCAGAAGGUCCUUUUCAGAUCUUUGAAAAUGGCAGAGCUUUUUCCAGAAAAUCGAGAGCCCACUGAGGAGGAACCUACUAGAAAUGGAGAAGCCCGCUGGGAGGAACUGGGAGGCGCGGUGGGUGGAGCAGACGCCACUUUGGUACCACAGAGCUGUCUGUCGGCCACCAAGGAAGAGCUGGCAGAGCUGAGCCAAGAAGAACGUGAGGCGUUAGCCAAAACCAAAGAAGGGAUGGACCUGGCCAAGUUUGGCAAGUGGGAAAAUAUUUUCAGCAAAGAGCAUGCAGCCUCUGCUUUAACAAACUCAUCGGCGAGCAGUGAGAGCAAGAACAGGAAUGGCCCUGGGAAAGAACAAAUUUCCAACAGCAAUAACUUGGUAGUCGAGGGUGCUGCCCAAGGGAAAGAACCACAGGAAGACCAGAAGCAACAGGACUUUCAUGCAGUUGUGGAAACAACGGGGCUUGCCCCUUGGCAGGAUGGUGUCCUGGAAAGACUGAAAACCGCUGUGGAUGCAAAGGACUAUAAUAUGUACCUGGUGCACAAUGGGAGGAUGCUUAUCCACUUUGGUCAGAUGCCUGCUUGUACGCCUAAGGAGAGGGACUUUGUUUAUGGCAACCUUGAAGCUCAGGAAGUGAAGACUGUUUAUACCUUCAAAGUGCCUGUGAGCUACUGUGGGAAGCGGGCUCGCAUUGGCGAUGCCAUGUUGAGUUGUAAGCCAAGUGAACACAAGGCGGUAGACACUUCAGAUUUGGGGAUCACUGUAGAGGACCUGCCCAAAUCAGAUCUCAUCAAGACCACCCUCCUGUGUGCCUUGGAAAGAGAGCUCAAAGGUCAUGUCAUCUCUGAAUCCAGGAGCAUUGAUGGGCUAUUCAUGGAUUUUGCUACACAGACAUACAAUUUUGAGCCAGAACAGUUUUCCUCUGGGACAGUGCUGGCUGACCUAACGACUGCUAGCCCAGAGGGGCUCCAUGUGGAGCUCCACAGUGAGUGUGUGACCAGGAGACACAACAAGAGCAGCUCUGCCUUCACUUUUACUUGCAACAAAUUCUUCAGGAGGGAUGAAUUCCCCUUGCAUUUCAAGAAUGUCCACACAGACAUUCAGUCAUGUCUUAAUGGCUGGUUCCAGCACCGAUGCCCCCUUGCCUACCUGGGAUGUACAUUUAUUCAAAGCCAUUUCCGUCCCCCAGGGCAAAAGGCAAAAGUGAUCUACAGUCAGGAGCUCAACACCUUUGCCAUCAAGCCGGAGGUUGCUUCUGAGCUCAGUGAGAGAAGGAAAAACAACCAUUUCUCAGGCCAUGGAGGGAAAAGCCAGAAUUCUCUAACCAGCCUGCCCUUGGAGGUUUUGCAGUACAUUGCUGGGUUCUUGGACAGCAUCAGCCUGUCCCAGCUUUCCCAGGUGUCCGUGCUGAUGCGGAAUAUCUGUGCCACUUUGUUACAAGAGAGAGGGAUGGUCCUCCUGCAAUGGAAGAAGAAGAGGUAUUCCCAUGGCGGCACUGCCUGGAGAGUCCACAGAGAGAUCUGGCAAUUCAGCAGCCUAUUCUCCAAAAUCAAGAGCUGGGAGUUUAAUGAAGUCACCUCCAUGUCUGAGCACUUGAAGGUCUGUCCUUUCAACAUUGUAGAGCGCAAGACUGACCCAAUUCUUUUGACUAGCAUGUGUCAGCCCCAUGAGCAGGCCCGAGAGAGCUUAGUCGCCACCUUUAGAGCCAGUCCACGAGGAAGACAUGCCAACUAAAGAUUCAGAUGCCACAUUCUUGGAUUCCCCCUCAGAGUUACCGGAAGUAGGACAGAGUGUGGUUUUGAGGACUUCCUUCUGUAAUCUGCAUACGUGCUUAUCUGAGUGUAUUGGAACAUGCAGUGUCCUUCAAAACCUGAGCUGUUGCACAAGGUCUAAGAAGUUCCUAAGCCCUGGCUUAUACAGUUGUUAUAGUGCCAUAUUGAUGACUUAUUUCCUUUCCUUUUUUUUUUUCUAAAAUAAAUCAGUCUGUGGAGAAAAUAGGUAACUUGAGGCCAUCUGGAAGAUGAACCCAUGUCCUUAGGAGAUGAGAGAGCAAUGAAUUCCAUAAUCAGCAUAGCCCUGUGCUUUUGUGGGGGGCUUUUUAGUUUACAAGUACGUUCAGAUUUGUGGGGCAGGUAAUGCAGGGAUGCAGACUGAAGUGCCUCCCAGGGCAGUUUGAGGGUCUUGACAGUCAAAUCUAGGGCUUUUUUUUAAGUUGCCCCACUGCCUCUAAGCCCAGACAGUCUGAACACAGCCCAACAAAGUAGAGACCUUGGCUGAGCACAGUGGCCUUGAGGACACCACAUACCAACGGAUGAGAGACAGAAAUGAGGUUACAGAGUUUGUUGCAUAGAAUCUUGGCAACAUGUAGGACAACCUUCAAAAAUGAAGAAGAUUCUGAAGAAAAUUCUAUAUUAUGGAUAAAAUUAGGACAAAAGACCUUAAGCCUACAUUUAAACAUUUUAAUAAUGACUUAAGAGUCAAGGUUCUUUUCUUCUGAAAAUUAUAUUGUAUGUCUAGAUUAGGGAGAGCACAGGUAUAGCCCACCUGUGCUACCUGAAAUGACCUCAGGGCGCUAAUACCAACUUCAGUGUCAUGCAGGAAUGCAGAGAUUAGCCCAAGGAGACAAGGCUCACUGCAUGUUCAGGGGCACCAGUCACAGGCCCUAGAUACCACUUGAGUACCCCAUGGGGGAUCUUGGGAAGAAAGAUAUGUAAACAUGGUGGUUCCCUAUAAUUGCUCCUAUCUACUCUUGCUCAUGAGUCCAGUCUGUCAAAAAUGGGUGAUACUGCUAGGAUUUGGUAACAGUGAAUACUCAUGAGAACAAAAGUGAAAGAAAAAUACAUAAUAGGAACUGACUUCCCCUAAAGCAGGGUUUCUCAGAACUGUUGACAUUGUGCACCGAAUAAUUCUUUGUCAUAAAGGAUUGUCCUGUGUGUUAUAGGAUAUUUUGUAGCAUCCUUAGCCUCUAUCCAUAGAUGCCAGUAGCACCCCCACAGCUGCAACAACCAAAAAUGUCUUCAGGCAUUGCUAAAUAUCCUCUGAGAGCAAAAUUGCCCCUGGUUGAGAACCACUUCCCUAAAGGAGAACAUUCUGGUGGCAAUAAGACAAGCUUUUUAGUACAGCAAACUCUUAGCUCACAUAGUUAUCUACAAUGGUUAUGAUUUCAUCAACAAUUCUUUAUUGAAUACAUAGGUCUCAGACACAUGGUGAUUUUAGGUUGGGAACCAGAUGGAGCUGAUUUGCUUGGUGUGGCUUCAGGCCCUUGGGUCACAUGUACAAACAUAUCCUUUCAGCUCUCUCCAGGUGUAACUAAAGCCAGGAAAGUUGCUAUUUAUCUUGUGUUUACAGCCCUCUCACCUUAGUUGGUGCCAUUUCCCCAGCAAUCCUAGCAGUCCUCAAGCAAGUGAGACAGAAAGGAAAAGGAAGACAGGCAUUGUAGGGAAGAUGAAAACAAAGAAUUGAGACUCCCCCCUCCCCCCAAAAAAAAUCUAGUUGCUCUGAACGCUUGUUAUCUCCCGGACCUCUCUCUGAACGUGGUCUGGAGCUAAUGUAGAUGAAGUUGAUGACACCUCCGAGAAGAGUCAAGAAGGCAUGGGAGCAAGUUCCGGAAUAGAAGGAUGCUUAUCUUUUCAUUAUAAUAUGCCACUUGGUACUGUAACUCUACUUUUCCUCAGCCCUAUCCUUAUUGUUUGGUUCAUAUUUCACAUUUGUAUAUAAGGCACCAUUUUCUAAACCUAUCACUAGAGUGUAAGCUAAGAUUUUAUUAUUCAGUGAAGAUGAGUGACUGGAAAUAACUAAACACUGAAAUGGGGGAAAAAGGGAGAGUUCUCCAGGUUAUCAGUCAGUUCCAUGUGUUUUGAAUCUGGCCCUUCCUUUAUAGAGAAAGAAAGCCCCAAAGUUCAUACUGGGUUUCUUAUUUUUACUAGAAAAAGAGAGAAAGGGGAGCCAUAGGCCAAGGGAGAUGAAAAUCAGGGGCUCCUGUUAGAUGGGUGAGAACUAUAGAGAAAGCAAGAGAGCAGAGGGCUUUCCCUUCACAAUCUGGGUGGCUGGGGGCAGGCUAGGGUUCAGGAGAGUGAUCAGGAGAGUGCCACACUGCUCUGUGGGCUGCGUAUCUCCAGUCACAUUCUACUUUCCCAGUUGCUGCCUUCAGAACAAUAUUGAAUUGAUCAACAUCAUCAAACACAUUUUAUAAGAUAUCUAAUUGUAGAUGUUGCAGAAAAGCAGGGUACUGCAGUUUAUCUCACUGGUCUACACAGACAAGCACAUUUGAUGGUGAGAAGGCAGCUGGAAUGAAAGGGAAACCUUUUGGGGAGACUGGAUUAGACAGAAGAUGAUUUGGUUAGUGAGAUAAGGCUGGAGUGAGCAGCAUGAGCAAUAAGCAUUAUCUGACAGAGGCGAGACAGCUAGACACGGCUUCAGGUUAAGAAGCAGCUGAGGGGCGUGAAGAGGGACUGUGUAUCCAGGAAUUGGAGCCUGGAUGGAGAGUUGACUAUGAGUAUUGCCACCAAGAUAGUCAGCCCAGAGUAGAAAUCAGCCAAACUUGGAAGGUAAGGUCUGUAGAACUGAAGAAGAAAAGGAUCUUUUUGCCUUACUAGCACAGGGAUCUGGAAAAGAAGUUUCUGUCUUAUAAUAAAGGGAAAAGUCAAAAGUAAGGCGGGACUUAGAGAUCUAACUGGAAAACCACUGUGAAAUUCUGAUCUCUGUGUGAUGUCAAAUAAAACUGAAGUGAAGAAUGAGA